GAUGACCAUCUACAAUAAGCACAUGGGAGGCGUCGACGUUUUCAACUCCCACAUCUCCAUUUACUGUCCCUACUUGAGGUCGAAAAGAUAUUUUUUUCGUGUUUUUCUGCACAUUCUUGACUUGACAGCUGUAAAUGCUUGGUUGCUUUACAAGAGGAACGUCAUGAAAAAACGCGAUCAGUACACUGAAAAGCUACUUCCGUUGGCUGAGUUCAGGAUGGACCUGGCUGCAUCACUCUGCAAGGCUGGGAAGACGGCGCUGAAAAAGCGAGGAAGGCCUAGCAAUGAGUCAAUAGUACAAGCCUCUGAUGAGAAGAAAAAAAAGGGACCAUCAACUCCAACUCAGGAUUUCAGGCUAGACCAUGUUGGUCACUGGGUUCUUUGGAGCAAGAAGCGGCAGCGCUGCAAGCUUCCUGGCUGCACAGGAAUCUGCAUGAGCUACUGCGUUAAGUGUGGAGUGCAUCUCUGUUCCACAAACAAGAGCAAUUGCUUUUUUGUGUACCACACUACAAAAUGAGUCCACCGUUUCUCAUUACUUACUGAUUACUGCUCAAGGUAUAGAACCAACCUUUUCAAGCAAGCAAGUGAAAUAGCUUUCUAUUGUACGAUGUGUUCCCCCUUGCUGAUUCUCAUGUAAAUAAAUGUUACAGAUUGAAACACAAUAACCAGGGCUUUCCUCAACUUUUUCUUUAUGUGCACGUUGUUGCAAAUAUGCAACGUACCCUUUUUCUGCCAAUACAAACUGUAAAAGUCCACUGAAGAUAUUUUUUUUAUUGGUACAACUAUUGUUAUGGUUCCCUGCAACGACAUGAAUAAUUUUAUGG